AUGCAGUUUUGCUUCGGAUGGAUCAUGGAUGUACGAAUUUCAUUACUACUGACAGUGAUCGUUAUGAUCGAUCUCGUCAUCACGCUGAAGGACGUGCGCGUCAGUGUUCCGGUCGCCAUCAAGCGGGGCGAUAAUGCAAAUUUAAUCUGCCAUUACGACAUGGAGGGCGACGAGCUGUACUCGGUCAAGUGGUACAAGGGCAAGCGGGAGUUUUACCGCUACACGCCGAAGGAAAUCCCCGCACUCAAAUCGUUCGUAGCGACCGGCUUCGCGGUGGAGCAACCUCUAUCGAACGGCAGCCAUUUGACGUUGAUGGGCUUGGAGUCGUCAGCUACCGGAAAGUACAGCUGCGAGGUUUCAGCCGACCUGCCUUCGUUCGACACGAUGAUCGUCUCCAGCGAGAUGGAGGUGGUCGACGUGCCAGUAACCAAGCCGCUAAUUACGGGCAUCAAGCAGUUCUAUCGGAUAGGUGAUGUGGUGGAGGGUAACUGCACGUCCUACAACUCGAAGCCGGCUGCCAAUCUCACCUGGCUACUGGAUGACAAAAAGAUCAAUGGCUCACAAAUCCUGCAGUAUCCACCCUACAAGGACGUUCGGAGCAGCCUCGACACAUCGACGCUCGGGUUGGCCUUCCCACUUUCACACCACUUUCUGGGUCGUAGCAAACUCAAAUUCAGCUGCGUGGCGAAGAUUCACGACGUGUACGAGCAGCGGGUGGAUCGGUGGAUUGAGGACGAGCGACCCAAACUUCUGGCCGCCUCCGCCUCACCGGUUGGGCUGAAUCCGGUCAACUACGUGCACUCGAUCUACGACCAAUCGUCGGCCUCGUCCUCCUACCACCACCACGACGGCAGUGACUUUGACAAUCAGAACAGCGACGCCUACAUGACGCACAUACAAGGAGACAUGUCAUCUUCAGCAUCGAGUCCAGCUCGGGCGGGAAUAAUCUCUCAAUCGGACGGUGGACACACGGCGGUGGCGGCGACGGCAGCAGUCGUUAUGCAAAUAGUGCUCUCGAUCCUGUCGACACUGGCCUUCGCCGUCAUUUCCGGAGGAGUUCUGGACGGCAAUGGCCGUGGUUUGCCGCCGGCCGUCGUCGUCGCUUCCUCAACAUGCGGUUCUCUCCAGUCAAGCGACAGCGCGAACGAGCGCGUUGAAGGCAGCAUCCUGGCCAUCUGA